AUGGAAAACGCUCUCGCUGAAACACCUCUGAUGGCUCCGGCACUGACCCCCUCAGGGCGGCCGCCGGACAUUGGAGCGGCGAUCACUACUCUGACAACGACGGACGGGCCUAUUACGACACCUUUGACAUCCGAUGCAUCGCCAAUGGUGGUGGAACCCAUUUCCUCGGCCAUCGACUGUUCUGUUCCUAAGGUAACCACUCAGUCACCAAUCUCGUAUGCUCGGGCGCUGGCCGGGGCUGAGCAGCAAGGGACGCUGGCUGUUCAAACAUGGACACCGGUCGGGGAGAACGAUCUUGUUCCCGGGCAGAUCAAUGGAGAGCCGUAUUUCUGCUGGCUUCAAAGGUCGGCUAUGUGCUCCAUGGCAGAAAACUUUGGUAGUUCGUCUGCUAGGCCUGCGCAUCAGCUUCACUGCGUUCUGUUCACGAUUACGAGGGUUGUGGCGGCCUAUGGGGGCAAUGGAGAUAAUGGAUUUGGACGACGCCACAUAUUUGGUGCAAUUAUCCAACGAGCAUGA